AUGUCUGUACCUUCAAACUCGUAUAGCCAUGCUGCAUAUGUUCUGUUGGCAGAAUUUGAUAUCGACCAGGGCUCGGUUUUAACUCAUCAAUACCCCUACCCAAUGGGCAUUGACGAACAAUUUAUUGCGGAAAUGAUGAUUCCUGAUGGCGUACAUGACCAGAAGUCUGAUUGGACCAUUUUCUUCCUCAACCAAGUCACCGAAAACAGGGUCACCAAUUCGCUUAUUGACGACGAACCAGUUGCAUCGGGGGAGAAACAACCACUGCUUUAUGUUCUGAACUUGGUUCGCACCGUCAAGAACCCCAACGCUCGACGCGGUGCAAAUGUCAAAGCAUUGGCGUUAUGCACUCCUCAUCCCUAUCUGCAUAUUUUCAAGCCCAUCUUGACAAUGGCCUUGGAUGACUACUUCAUCCAACCAGACGUGCAGUGUCUAGCUCGGCUCUUUGAUGCGGUGAAUGCCAUGGAUGUUUCGCGAGCGCCUGUCUUAUCUCGGGAUGAAAUGCUCAUCAUGCGAGCGACAGAGCGAAAAGACGUGUUUGCUGAAAAGUUCUUUGGCACUGAGCUACUUGCCGACGUGAUCACAAAGGAUGGCCGCGUUACUGGACCUCAUGAUUCGAUCUCAUCGACUAUAUCAAUGGAUACGUUCGACACGGAUAUUGUCACCGGAGUUCGAAGUCGCAAAUCAAGUUUUACGUCCAACUCUGCUCAUUCUCACUCGCCUCCAACAAGCUUGACGAUGAAGAACGGCGACUCAAACGAGGAUGUUACUUCAAAGCCCAAUGGAGAUUCUGCUACUCGUACUUCAUUCGACCGAAUGUCUGUAGCAUCCAGUAUCCAUCUCGGCAACCGAGGGGACAAUAGUUCUACUGGACACGGCUCGAUUGCCCCUGUGACCAGAAAAGUGAUCAACAGCCGAAACACCCAUUUCUACACGUCCUUUGUUCGAUACUACACGCGCCUCAAAGAGGGUCAUUUGGACCUGCCUGUCCACUGUCCGCUUUCAACUUUCCCGGAGGAAGUUGGAGAUUUCUCUCUAAUUAAACUUAUCAACACGUUCCCUUCGUCCAACCCCGUUCUUGGCCCGAUUACUCCCCAUUUGCAUCCUCAAGGCGCGCAAACGCACCCCUUGGUCGUACUAUUUAACGCGCUCGUCACUCAGAAGCGAGUAAUGUUCUUGGGGCAACGCUGUCCGGCUGGGGACGUUGCCAAUUUCGUUCUUGCGGCGUGCGCAUUCGGAGCAGGGUGUUCUGUCUUGCGGGGGUUCACCGAAAGAGCGUUUCCCUUUGUAGGCCUAUUUCAUACCCGUGUACUAGAGGGAUUGGACUGGUUUAUCGCGGGAGCAUCCAACCCUGUGUUUGAGACGGUACCGAUCUGGGACGUAUUGUGUAAUAUCAACACUGGGCGAAUUACAGUCCGUAAGGACAUCACGAUACCACCUUCGCCUCCUCCACUCCCGACUCCUGUUCAUAUCUCCCCUGUCGAAAGGAUCGGACAAGGCAUCGGCGCCAGUAUUCCGAGCACGGCCGGAAUUGGCGGUACCGGUGCUUUUCCUGCGCCUCCCUCUGGUUUGGUUCAAAAAUCCGGCGCAUCAAAGGGUGAAGAUGAUGAGUCGCGCGGAGGAUCUAAGAAGGUUGACGAGAGUGAAAGCAGCGAUAGCAUGUUAAUGGAAGAUAUCUGCGCUGUGAUUCAGCACCAUGCUGGAGAACUACUAGUGCGGGCCCGAGUCACUGAUUAUGUUCAACGCUUUGUUCGGCUUACCGCUCGUUGGGAGAACGAGGUCCACAAAACCACCGAGAUCGAUCACCCAAGCAGACCGUAUAGUGAAGGCCAACUCGGAAGCGGUGUAACAUUCAUCGAUGAAGCCCUCGUUGCACGCGAAAUGCCAUCCAACUCCUGGAGGAUAAAUGCCUGGCGACAAACUUCGUACUACAAAUCAUAUCGCGACGAUUUCAAAGCUCAUCUCGAGAAUCGUCAUAUCAAGAGUAUUGAUAUAAACCAUUUGGUGUCUCGCCUUAGAUAUGGCCGGAAUAUGUCAGACAGUGAAGCGGAGUUGAUCAUGAGAUCACUAACCGCGUAUGUUCAAUCAUACGAAGAGGUAGUAGAGCUCCUUGCACUAGUCCCACCGCAUCAUGGCGGUAUUACGCCAUUGUGCUUUGGGUUAUUUCAUCCGGACCCAAACAUUAGAGACUUGGCGGUGGACUUUAUGACCAACCUUAGGUCUUACCCUAUUGGUCUCCAAUUCCUUGGAGGGCUGAAUUACUUCCAUCGCUUCGGGUAUGUCCGAUUGGCUCAACAGCGCGAACUCGGUGCUGCAAAGUAUGCCAAUGGAUCUGGCGAUACCAAUGGUCUCAGUCGAUCUCCGUCGGCGCCCGAGUGGGGGCCGGUGUUAUCCAGUGCUGCUGGAUGCUGGUCCGGCCUGCGUGCUCUCUUGAGUACUAAGACCAAACGCAAAAAACCUACUCAAUGUUCACCAACAGACGGGACGCCCAGUUCUUCACCUCCUAAGGCAAUCGGUGAACACAAGGCCAUUCAUAAUGGCACUGAAUUGCCUCCAGAAUACCAAUUUCCUCCUUACAGUGGAACCAGACCUGCACCCGACCGUAGGAAGGUGGCAGAUAGUGACAUUAAGGUUCCCCAUAAACUUCCGUCUCCCGAAGCCGCCGAUACUAGUGACAAAACUAUCGACGAACUGAACGAGUCGCUACGAGAGCUUAGCCUUCAGAUACACGAUCAUCCUGAGUUAAGAUGGGAUGUCAAAUAUGCCCAUGACGUGUUGACAGAAUUCAUGGAAAAACAAGGGUUUCAGGUCACUCGUCACUAUCUGGCUGCCCAGCUACCGGGCAACACGGCCUGGAGAGCCGAUUUUGUGCUUCCUGACAAAUCUGGAAAGUCUGUUCCCGUAAUUGGUCUCAACUCCGAGAUGGACGCGCUUCCUGGUAUCGGUCAUGCGUGUGGCCAUAAUCUUAUUGGGAUAAUUGGUAUAGCUGGAGCUGUGGGGCUCAAGGCUGCAAUGGAAAAACAUGGCAUCUCUGGACGAAUAAUACUCUUAGGCACACCCGCCGAAGAAGGGGGAGCCGGCAAGGUUCACUUGAUAAAGGCAGGGGCAUACCAAGAAAUGGACAUUUGUAUGAUGGCACACCCUGGUCCAGGAGACAGCCGAAGGGUGGAAAAUUCGGCCACACUCGCGUUGCAGGCCUUCACAGUCGAGUAUCACGGAAAAGGUGCACACGCUGGAGCUGCUCCAUGGGAAGGGAGAAAUGCCUUGGAUGCUGCAUUCGUUGCGUAUUCUGCGCUCAGUGCUUUACGCCAACAGAUUCAUCCUACUGCCAGACUUCAUGGUAUAAUUGAGGGACGUGACUGGGCAUCAAAUGUUAUCCCAAAUUAUGCCAAGAUGACAUACACCGUUAGAGCCCCUGCCUGGAGUGAAGUUGUGGCCUUGCGAGCCAGAGUUAACAGGUGUUUUGAGGCUGCAGCGCAUGCAACCUCGUGUGAGAUCACAUUCACUGAGAUAGAUAGCAUGAAAGACCUUCAGUCAAACCAACUGCUGUCAGAUGAAUUUGGAGCUAUCAUGGCCAGCCGACACGGAUACCCAUACAGGCCCAACGAAGAAAUUGGGGCAUCUACUGACUUUGGCAAUGUUACAUACGAAUUACCUGCUAUACACCCUGGGUUCGCGAUUCCAACUACGCCGGGCGGUGGGAAUCAUACGCCAGGUUUCACAGCCGCCGCUAGGACCCAAGAGGCACAUGAGCGUGCCAUUGCUGUCUCCAAAGGCCUAGCAACUCUAGGUCUCCGUGCCCUCUUAGAUGAAGACUUUCUACAACAGUGA